CAGUGACUCACAGACACUAUACAUGCUGCAGGCUUAUUUUUGAAUUUUUUUUUAAAUUUUCAACUUGAUCAAUUAACUCAGUGUUAAAUGAUUCUCUGACAGAGCUGGAGGAAGAAGUUUGGAGUUUCAGUGUCAAGACGCUACUUUUGUUUGUGGGGAAACUAUGAGGAACGUGGAGCAGUGAUUUUUUAAAUUUUAAAUUUUUAUUUCUCAUCCAGGUGACAGCUGACAAGGAGGAAGAUGGAGAACAAGGCCAUGUACCUGAGCACGUACGAAGAGAGGGAGAGCGGCUCCAUGUACGAAGAGGCCUACGACGGACACAACCUGUCCAAGCUCAACCUGUGUGACGAAGGUUCUGGAAAGCGUCGCAGGAAGCCGGAUCAGUGCUGCGCGCACCUGAACUCGCUGUCGGCCAUCAAGUACGCCAUUGUUUCCCUCUACAUCCUGGUUCUCCUCACCAUCUUCGGACUCUGCCUGACAGUCUCCAGAUACCAGGUCUCGUCGCAGCGGCAGGAGGUGCUGAUGGAGAACGUGACCCGCAUGUCGGAGCGCUCGCGGCUGCUCCAGCAGAACCUGGGCGAGGCGUCCACUCAGGCCGACCUGCUGGAGAACAUCUGGAAGCUGGAGAACCUCUUCCAGAACCACAGUGACUGGCUGCAGAGGCUGGAGAACCUCAUCAAGGGCGUGGAGGUGGAGCUAAGGAGCGUCCAGGCCUACUCCCUCCAGGCGGAGGGCUACCUGGUGCAGCUGGACGACAGGUUGUCCUCCCUGAGCAGCUCCGCCGGCAGGAACCUCACGGGCUUGAUUGCGGAGGUGGCGCGAGCCUCCACCUGGCUCCGCGACCAGGACCACCUGCUCCGGGAAACCACGGGAAAGGUGAGCGGGCUGAGGGAGAAACUGGACGAGGUGAACUGGACGGUGGGAGCUGUCAACCACACCUUCAGCAAUGACAUCAGUGUCCACAACUUGAAGAUACAGGACUUGCAGAUCCAGAUCAGCAACAUAACGGAGGACACCAGCAGUUUGUGGGUGACCCACGUCCACACGGAGGCGCAGCUGAGGAACGAGAUGGAGAUCCUCAACACCAUCACGGAGGACCUGCGUCUGAAGGACUGGGAGCACUCCUUGACCCUGAAGAACCUCACCAUCAUCGAAGGGCCUCCGGGACCAAAGGGAGAUAAGGGUGACACUGGACAGCUGGGCCCCCCUGGCGCCCCCGGGCUGACCGGCUUGAGAGGGUUUACGGGAGAAAAGGGCUUCCAGGGCCCUCGGGGAAUGAAGGGGUCGGUCGGGGUCGAAGGUAAUCUGGGAGAAAAAGGAGACAUUGGACCUGCUGGGCCUAGAGGUGACAGAGGAGAAAAGGGGCCGAAGGGGGAGAAGGGGGAACGGGGCGACCGAGGAGAGAAAACAGUGGACGAGACGCUGGUGCGCUUGGUGAACGGGUCGGGCGCCCACGAGGGCCGCGUGGAGGUCUUCCACGAGCGCCGCUGGGGCACGGUGUGCGACGACGUCUGGGACAAAAAGGACGGAGACGUGGUGUGUAGGAUGCUGGGAUACCGAGGGGCCGCGCAGGUCCACAAGACGGGACGCUUCGGACAGGGUUCCGGUCUGAUCUGGAUGGACGACGUGGCGUGCGCGGGGACCGAGGACACCAUCCACCAGUGUGACUUCUCCGGCUGGGGCAAGACCAACUGCGGCCACGUGGAGGACGCCGGCGUGACCUGCGCCGUCUGAAAAAAAACAACCCCUGGGACGAUCGCCAACUGCUCCUGCGGCGGCCCGACGUCUCCUCCGGCGGCGCCUCGAACUUUUAAGGAGACGCCGCGAGGCGCACAACAGUCCCACCGCGAACACUUUCCGACUCCGUGCAGCGAGAAUUCCGUUUUUACUGACUGCCCGUUCGGGGUCGCUCCUCGGGCGGACGGCCGGCCGCGCGACAGGAGUCUUCGUCAGACUGAAUCCCAGAGCUCACCUGUCUUCGAACGAAGGGUCGAAGGUCAGCAGGGUGGAGCCGUCCCCCCCCCCGUGAGGUUAUAGGUUGUUUUUACCCCUCCGUUAAAAAAACCGAUCCGGCAAAUUCAUCGCGCGAGAGCCGUCGUCUGUCAGCCGUCGUCUCCGAAGAUGCUGAGGAGCGGAAUCGGCACAAAAAGGGAAACUGUGUCAGUGAUGGACUGAUUCUUUUCUAUUUACAGGCAGCUGCUCUUCUCAGUGUGGCUUCAUCAUGUAUCAUGUACAGUUGCUCGGUAAGCACUAAGCAGUCAUCUGGUGGGUUCCAACUGCGGCGGACGUUUUUCUUCCAACCGUACAGUUUCAACCAUCACAUGUCUUUUUAUACCCACGUUUCACCGAAUCAGUGCCUAUUUGUAUAUUAUUAAAAAAGAAUGUUUUAUGAAAUUUGAAAUCUGCAGCUAACGGAUUUUGUACAAAUGGGAAACAGUCGCUGCGGUCGACAGAUGAAGUGAUUAUGAAGAAGAGGGAACAGAUGAGUAUAAACAGAUGGGUGGAUGGACGCCUGCCCCACACAAUCGAUCACAGUUGGUCCGUCGGUGUUUACUGCCUGAAGUUGGGUUGUUUCAGUGCGCGCGCGCACACACACACACACACACACACACACACACACACACACACACACUAACACACUCACACACACACACUAACACUAACACACUCACACACACACACACACACUAACACAC